CCCCGUUCCAAAGCUAAGCUGUAAGCCGAAAUAAGUGCCAUUCUUUGGCAUGGCAGGGGGCAGAAGAGGGCCAAGUAAAGCAUCCUAUUGCAGAACACCACUGAAUGAAUCUGGAACAUUAGGGGGUUCUAGCUAUUCCACUGUUACUGGAGUACGAUCAAGAACCAGGAGUGGCUCAGGAACUGGCUUGACAAGCCCUCCCCUUGCAACCCAGACUGUGAUCCCUCUGAAACACAAUAAGAUUCCUGAACUACCUCUUGAGAAAGGCAUUCUGUUUGAGCUUCACCUUCUCUUCUGCCACCUUGUAGCUUUGUUUGUUCAUUACAUCAACAUCUAUAAAACAGUUUGGUGGUAUCCUCCAACUCAUCCACCUUCAUUUACAUCACUGAAUUUCCAUCUGAUUGACUACAAUUUAUUAGUCCUCACUCUUAUUGUGUUGGCACGUCGUCUUAUAAUUGCGGUUGUGAAAGAGGCCUCUCAUGGUAAAAUCUCAGUACCACAGUCUGUAAUUGUUGUGACAACUCGAUUUGCAGUUCUGACUGGAGCAGGGUGGAGUCUGUGCCGAUCACUCAUUUACCUUUUCAGAACAUAUUCUUUUUUGAAUUUAUUGUUCCUGUGUUAUCCAUUUGGAAUGUACAUACCUUUGUUUCGAUUGAAUAAGGACCCAAAGAAGUCAAAUUUCCCACCGUCUGUGGCCAAUACAAGUCCCAAUGAGACUGGAACAGCAGUUGGAAGAAGGAAAGAUUGCUUAACAGCCUUAAAGGAAACAUGGAAGCAUCAUACUAACCAGACAUACAGCAUUAACACUAUGCCAACCCAUGCAUGCUGCUUGUCUCCAGACUUGAUCAGAAAUGAAGUUGAACAUCUGAAAUUAGAUUUCAACUGGCGCAUGAAGGAAAUUCUAGUCAAUGCAAUGCUUAGUGCAUAUUACAUAGCCUUUGUUCCUGUUUGGUUUAUAAAGAGUACACAAUAUUAUGAUAAGAGGUGGUCGUGUGAGCUUUUUAUCUUGGUUUGGGUCAGUACUUGUGUGCUGUUAACGAGGCACCUAUUACCAUCACGUUAUUGUGACCUGCUUCAUAAGGCAGCAGCACAUCUGGGGAGCUGGCAAAAAGUAGAUCCUGCACUCUGUUCUAAUGUACUUCAGCAUCCCUGGUCAGAAGAGUAUAUGUGGCCACAGGGAGUGUUAGUAAAACAUAAUAAGAAUGUGUAUAAAGCAAUGGGAAAUUACAAUGUCGCAAUCCCUUCAGAUGUUUCGCACUUCAGAUUCUAUUUUUUCUUCAAUAAACCAUUGAGGAUCUUGAAUAUUCUUAUCAUCAUUGAAGGAGUCGUCAUUCUCUAUCAAUUGUACUCAUUAAUAUGUUCAGAAAAGUGGCACCAAACAAUAUCUUUGGCAUUAAUUCUCUUCAGUAAUUAUUAUGCUUUUUUUAAACUACUCAGAGACAGAAUAGUUCUGGGUAAAGCAUAUUCAUACUGUACAAAUGGAAAUUCAGAGAAUAAAAUUAAUUAAGUCUGUUUUCCAUACCCCAGUAUCUGUUCGUGUUCAGAGCUUUGUAUUUUUGUUACAAAUGCUGUCUUUCAUGUAUCUGUCAUUAAAAUAUUUUUAUAUCUCUGGAUCAGAUCCAUCAUUGUUAACUGCUACUAAUAUUUUAUUUUUGUAUGCGUUUACUUCUGAAAUAAUCAUACCCAGUUUGCGUACUUUAUAUUAUAAUGUCAAAUAGUUUAUGGAGAAAAAAAUGAGGAUUUUCUGAAGAAGGAUCACUGUACCUAAAACGUUGACUGUUUACUUUCCACAGAUGCUGCCAGACCCGCAGCUCUUUGCAUUUUGUUUUGGUGAUUCAUUUUGACUGAAUGCACUUUCUAUUAGACUGUACCUACUUUCCACAAAAGCUCAAGCAAUCUCCCAUUCGUUUCAAUAAAAAUUGAACAUAAAAGGUCUUCAUUUUUGUUUUGAAUGUAC